UUUCUCAAAAAAAAAAACAAAAAAAAAAACAAAAAGUUUGCACCGAAGUGGCUAAGAUCAAAACAAAACACGUCGCUGUUUAAGAGGAAAAGUGCAAAAAGCUAAUUACCAAGCCGAGCGUCCAAAAAGUUUGAAGUCCUGCUGCUGUUGCUCUCUGUAAAUAAAUUACUGAUCCGAAGAUUUUGAUGGAGAGAUAACGGAGAUAGACAUACGUAUACAUUUCCCAAGUUUUCCCUCCUCCUCUCCCAAUCGGACCAUGCCUCCUACAUCAUCAUCAUCACCUUUGCUUUCCAGCUCCUUCUUCCUCUUCUUCACAGUUUCUUUCUUCUUUCCACUCCCACAUGCAGCGAAGUUACCAUUUCGCCCUCGGGACGUCCUCCCUCUUCUGCCUAGACAGAUCUCGUGGCCUAUCCUCAACUCCCUCCACAGCGCAGUGGACCUUCUUCCCUCUUUCGUGGGCGCUGCUUCGUCCCCUAACGACACUCUGGAGUGGAAGGGCGCUUGCUUCUUCAAGAACAGGGCUUGGAUGGAGUUCCACAACAAGACCGGCUCUGAAUUUGGCGGUGGGACUCUUCAUAUCAAGGUAAGCAAUGCUCAUAGUUGGACAUGUAUGGAUCUUUAUGUCUUUGCAACUCCAUACCGAGUGACAUGGGAUUACUAUUUCCUAUCCCGGGAGCACACAUUUGUGUUUAAAGAAUGGGAGGGGAAAGCUGAGUUUGAAUAUGUGAAAAACAGGGGAGUUUCUAUAUUCCUCAUGCAAGCAGGGAUGCUGGGAACUUUUCAAGCAUUAUGGGAUGUCUUCCCCUUAUUUACAAAUACUGGAUGGGGUGAGAACUCUAAUAUAGGAUUUCUCAAGAAGCACAUGGGGGCUUCUUUCGAACAACGUCCUCAGCCUUGGGUGACAAACAUCAGUGUUGAUGAUAUUCACUCUGGUGAUUUUCUUGCAAUAUCCAAAAUUCGUGGCCGAUGGGGUGGCUUUGAGACUCUGGAGAAGUGGGUCAGUGGAGCAUAUGCUGGUCACACUGCUGUUUGCUUAAAGGAUUCUGAAGGAAAGUUGUGGGUUGGUGAAUCAGGCCAUGAAAAUGAAAAGGGAGAAGAUGUAAUUGCUGUGUUACCAUGGGAUGAGUGGUGGGAUUUUGAGCUGAAGAAAGAUGAUUCCAAUCCCCAUAUUGCUUUGCUUCCACUGCAUCCUGACAUGAGGGCAAAAUUUAAUGAAACUGCUGCGUGGGAGUAUGCUCAGAGCAUGGAGGGCAAACCGUAUGGUUAUCAUAAUAUGAUAUUUAGUUGGAUAGACACUAAAGAUGCAAACUAUCCACCUCCCUUGGAUGCUCAUCUGGUUGCUUCUGUAAUGACAGUUUGGAAUCAAAUACAGCCUGAAUAUGCUGCUAACAUGUGGAAUGAAGCCUUGAACAAACGACUUGGAAGUCAGGGUCUUAGUCUUCCUGAUAUUCUUGUAGAAGUCGAAAAUCAUGGGUCAUCUUUUGAUGAAUUGCUGACUAUUCCUGAACAAGACAACUGGCUUUACACUGAUGGGAAGUCAACCUCAUGUGUUGCUUUCAUUCUUGAAAUGUACAAGGAGGCUGGGCUGUUUGAUCCAAUUGCUAGCUAUAUUCAAGUCACCGAGUUUACAAUAAAAGAUGCUUAUACCCUCAACUUUUUUGAGAAUGAUUCAAGCCGCUUACCAGAGUGGUGCAAUGAUGGGGACAAUGUGAAGCUCCCUUUUUGUCAGAUUCGGGGGAAGUAUCGAAUGGAAUUACCUGGAUACAAUUCCAUGGAACCAUACCCGCAUAUGAAUGAAAGAUGUCCAUCUCUGCCUCCGAAAUACUCGAGACCACAGAAUUGUUAGAAGUCUGAUCUUUUUGACUCUGGAAAUUUUAUACACGUGGAUGAAAUGAUGCCAGGUUCCUUCACUGGUAGGUCUACUCUGAAGUUUAUUGCUUGAUGCGAUGGUAAUGAGAAGGCUUGGGGUUUGUUCUUUUAAUAUCACUUGUAAAUAUGGUGAUUGGACUGUACAAAAAGAGGAGAAUGCAAUUUCUUUUUUUCCAAAUGGAAAUGUCAAUCAUUGGAUUGUUGUAGUUCAUGCGUGAAAGCAAGAAAAUGAAUAGUUAUGUGCGUA